UUACACUUCACCAGGUUACACCACAGGUUAUUUUAAAAUGUUGGCGCAAUAUAUAGGCCUAUUCAGUAUUUUAAUAGGCACACAAUUACAAAAUUUUGAGUCAUAAAAAUGAACAUUAUAUGGUUAUAACUUAAAAACAGUUCAGUACAGUUUAAUAAUCCGUAUGUUAUCUGGUUCCAUGAUUUUUGGCCACGCCUCCUCCAAAAACGUCACACCUCAAACAUGGCCGCUUACUUGAACCGGUUACAUCACAUUUCGCUCCAAGUUUCUAACGCGGAGAAAACAGCAAAGGACCUUGUCUCUAAAUUCAAGUUUAAUUUGUUUGCUGCGAGACUAACUGACAACUCCAGGCAGCUGGCAUUAAGAAAAGGAGCAGCCAUUUUCGUCGUAAAUGAAAGACAAAACCAGAGCAGUGUCAGAUUGAAUGGAGAGAUACAAGGCAUCACACACAAAAUUUCACCCGAUCCAAGACGGGUCACCGUGAGGAAGUACAACCAGGAUGAUUCAACCAAAUGCCUUUACGAUGUCAGCCCACAUUACUCGGUGGAUACUGUGAACAACGUGUGUUUCGAGGUGGACGAUGUGGAAAGGUCAUUCAGGGCUCUUCGUCAUAUGGGCUGCAAUUUCCUGGUGCCUCCCACCACAGUUCAGGACGAGGGUGGUCUUGUCACCUACUCCGUGUUAAAAUCUAUUGUGGGUAAUGUGUGCCACACACUAAUUGACAGGACACAAUAUGAGGGAAACUUCUUGCCUGGGUUUAAUGUCAUUGAAAAGAACUGCAGCCUGGAAGAAGAGGACAUGUCUUGUCCAAUCACACAUUUUGAUCACAUAACUUAUGCCUGUCCCAGGAAAUCAACCCACCAGAUCAUGAGGUGGUAUGAGAAGCUCUUAGGUUUUCAGAGGUUUUACAUUGAUAGUGAUGAAGAUGUGGAUGAUGGUUUUGUAGUAAACCAGGAGGGUAUUGGACUUCGUCUGACAGCUAUGGAGUACUGGAAAUGCAGCAAAGCAGGCAUCAUACUUCCCCAUGUCAACAAAAAAGAGCCUGACUGCAAGUUUGUCAUUGCAGAAUCACUGCCAGAACAAGGCAGAAAUCAAGUUGACACCUUCUUGGAACAGCACAAGGCCCCAGGAAUCCAGCACAUUGGGUUGUACACAAAGAACAUAGUCUCUACUGCACAUACAAUGGGUGAAGCUGGUGUGCAGUUUUUCUCUCCUCCUCUUGCCUACUACACUGAGGUGGGAAAACAGCAGGAAAUAGAAGAGGCAGGACACAGCCCCCAGAUGCUGGCGCAGCAUGGCAUUCUCUUGGACACAGACCUGCACCAUGAUCCGUUAUCACAGACAGCAUCCAGCGAAAACAGAAGAUACCUUCUCCAGGUGUUCACCAAGCCCAUCUUUGCAGAGGACACCUUCUUUCUUGAGCUGAUAGAGCGAAGAGGGGCAACAGGUUUCGGAGAGGGUAAUAUCAGGGCACUGUGGAGGUCAGUGCAGGGGUACAUGGAUAAUAAGAGGGGGUAUUCUCAAGGAGAGACAUCCCCAAAAACUGUGCAAACAGCUCAGUAGUGGUCACUCCAAAUGUUUCAGCUGAGAUUUUUUUUCCAUGUUUUUAUAUAUCAAUAUAAGAGCAUUAGGAAAAAAGCAUGAGGUUUUGACAAAUUUGUCAGUCAUGGAUUUGGUGGCAGUGAUACACUGCCAACAAAUUACACAUUAUAUAUUGUAUUAAUAUCUGACUUUGAAGGCAGCUAAACAGAUUAAAGAUACAAAAUUGCACUGUGUGAACCAAGUGGAACAAAAACAGAUACUUGAAAUGUUACAACAAAAAUAUACUUGAUGUAGCAGUAAAAGAAUGUCUUUGUUUACACUGUGUCAAGACAGCUGACUGACUUCCUCAGUAAACCUGUUACUCAUUAAACUGGGAAAAUAAAUCACUGUCCUCAAA